CGCAGCAUACCUCUACACAUCUCCAUGACCGAACAACCACCACCAUCACCACUAGCAGAGCUCACGCCUAUUGAAGCUCGCCAGGAGAAACUCCUCCAGCCUCUGGAAACAUCCAUUAUCUCUCCCGAAAAACUCGAGUACGCCCGCCAGGUCAUCGAAAAGGACAAGGCUAUCAAACCUUUCUGGGUGAACAAGUACAAGAACGAGGCCGCCAAGAACUGGGACCGUUUCUACAAACGUAACGAGACCCGGUUCUAUAAGGAUCGCCACUGGAUUGAGCGCGAGUUCACGAUCUACAAGACCAAAACCUCCGAAACCCUGAACUGCCUUGAAGUCGGAUGUGGCGUCGGGAAUUUUAUCUUCCCGGUCCUGGAGAGGAACCCGGGCUUGUUCAUGUACGCCUGUGAUUUUGCACCGCAUGCGAUUGAGUUGGUCAAACAGCACGAGGAUUAUAAGCAAGGACGGUGCUCGGCCUUCGUUUGCGAUCUGACAAAGGAUCCGCUCACGGACACCAUCCCCGUAGGAUCUCUUGACGUAGUCUCGUCGAUCUUUGUCCUUUCUGCGAUCCCUGCUGAGAAAUUGGAAGCCGCUGUCAGGAAUAUUGCCGAGGUCAUGAAGUCUGGAGGGAUGCUGUGUUUCAGGGAUUACGCAGUGUACGAUGCAGCCCAGGUCAAAUUUAGCUCCAACCCAGGACAUAUGCUCGAUACGAAUCUGUAUGUUCGACAGGAUGGAACGUUAUCGCAUUUCUUUUCGACAGAGCAGAUCAAGGAGCUAUUUGAGAAGGAAGGGUUUACGACUGUCGAGUGCGAGUAUGUCCACAGGGAGACUAUCAAUCGGGCCAUGGAUAUCAGCAUCGACAGGAGAUUCUUGCAGGCCAAGUUUAUCAAAAAAUAGAAUAUAUCCCAUGUAGAUUAUCAUCAUAAUGUAACAACACCAUUUCUUCUGGC